CGAUAUGAUGGCAUCGGUGCAUCGUCAACCGGCCGUCUUAUAAAUAUUUUGCAAGAGAUCAGGUAACGAAUACAUAAUGCAAGGCCUACGGUUGCUUCUACUAAGCGCGAUAAUUUGCGUGCAAGUGAAAUACUCUUGCUCAGUAAAGGAGUUCUUCAAGGAUUGUGCUGACAAUAACGACUGCCCAGACGAUUCAUCAUGCACAUCCAUAGGUACCAACAGACAGUGUCAAUGUGACAACGGUUAUGACGCCAUUGAUUUGCCAGUUACUUCCGGGGGAGAACCCGUAACAGUUUGCAAAGAUCUGGGCCCCUGUAGCCCAUUUGACGGUGUUGAGACGGACUGCGGUAUUAAUGGAGACUGCGUAGCGUUCCGGAACGAUUACGGAGGCUUGAUGGCUGCCUGUAAAUGCAAAAAUGGUUACUUUGGCCGCAGCUGUGACAGAACUGGACCUUCCACCUACUUACCCCCCUACACGACCCGGCGACCAUAUGUAACCACCAGAAGACCGGGAUCAAACAUCGGGGCCAUCAUCCCAGCCAUUGGAGGGGGAGUCCUUCUGCUGGCUCUACUCGCGGGAGGGGCCGCCGCCCUGGCUUCCUCCACUGGCUAGAUGCCCAACUCAAGAAAGAUCACUCUGCUAGAAUUUGCAACAAAUUAUAAGAAUGUUUAACCUAACUGCAAAUGAAGUUUAAAUAAACGAUGAAAAGUA